UCGUCAAAUAGGAUCAUGUCAAAAUAUUUGCUAUUUUGAGUAUUACCCUGUUUUUUUUUUAGUAUAUUGCUAUGAUCCGUGUCUUAAAAUGUAAGGGUAAAUUCGAGCACAAGAAAAAAGAAAACAUUUAAAAAACCACGAGGACAACUGUGUCUUAUUCCGGAGUUUUGUUCAAUUCUUCAAUAUUUGACAUUUUACCAGGGUCGACGACAGUGAAUUAUGUGUUUUUUUAUGUAUUUUGUUGGUUUGUUUUUUUAAGACUUAAAAUUAGCUCGUUUAAAACUAAGUACAAAUGGCCAGUUGUUUUAUAUUCACCCCAUGAUAUUCACCCAACGAAGGGAAUAAUUUGGUUGGCCAGCUAAUUGACGUUCGCCUCUAAAGGGUUAUACGUAGAGCGGUGCUUUUCGUCUACCCUUAAGAUAUUGCAAUAUUGCCGAAAAGUUAUUUUAAACGAGAAAGGGAAUGGAGGUAAACGGUGGUCCUGCAAACCCCGCAGUGAUCGCUGAGGUAUCGUUCUCGUUUCAAGAUGAACUGACUGCGACCCUUCAAAACGCGCUCGGUGUUGCGGUAGAGAUCGCCGUUGCGGAGAUCACCAGACUGCUUGACAGAGCGCUGAGAGAUGUGCAGGGCAAGAUUCAAGAGGCUCUUCGGGACAAUAGUGCGCUCAAGUUUAGGCUGCAAACAGCUGAAACGCAACUUUCUACGGUGUGUGGUCGCCUAGAUCAACAGCCACAGAGACGCGAGGAUUUUCCCAUCGGUAGUACCAAACAGUUGGUGACAAACCCUCCAAUCAGCUGCGGCAAGAUUCAUCGUGGGGGUCGGCAGUUAAAUACCCUUAGCGUAGGACAACAAACCGAGCCCAUUGUGAACUCUGAAGAUGAUUAUGAGGUAUGUGGAUCUAAUAUAUUCCAGCGAGGAUCAAUCUGUGGGAACCAAAACGGAGGUGCGUGCGCUCAGACUUUAAACUCGGAUACACUUCAGGAAUCAACUCACUAUAGAUUAGAUGACACAAAUGACAUCAAGAAUGAUCAACACAAUAUGACCAAAACUGACCGGACAUGUAGUGGGACAGUUACAAGUGAGAGGUCAUCCCUUGAAGUGGAUGUAAAAGUGGAGAAAGAUGAGAGUUAUGAUGAACCAAACCCAGUGUCCCUCUCUGUGGUGGAGGAGCCCAACUCAGACAGCCUUUCUCUGGCUCAGUCCCGACUAUUGGAAGACUGGAGACCUGAGCCAUUGCACACAGAGAGCUGCCAAUCAAACAUGCACUUUCAGUCCACCAACCAACACCUAGACCUAGAUUUCCUGUCGUCCUCAAGCUCAGGUCAACAAACCCACUUCCCAAAGCUCCACAACAACCAUUAUAAGAGUCUUGUGUGCCAUGCGUUUCCCCCCGGCCGGAGCCCGUAUCAUUGUAGCCUAUGUGGGCGAGACUUCAACCGUAAGCACCAUCUCAAGAUUCAUCAAAGGAUCCAUACAGGAGAGAGGCCAUACACUUGCUCUAUAUGCAGCGCACGCUUCCGUCACGCAUUGACACUCAAGCGCCACUUCCGCCUUCAUACGGGAGAGAAACCCUAUGUUUGUGGUCAGUGUGGAAAAAAGUUUAGAAAUGAUGGCGGAUUGAAGGUUCAUCAGUGUUCAUGACAACAGUUUUCUAUGUCUUGUGUUGGAGAACGAAUCCAAUAGAGGGUCCAAAGUUAUUAAAGGGAUAGUUCUCCUAAAAAUUAAAAUUCUGUCACCAUUUACUCACACUUGUUGGGGUGACUUUGGUUAAUUUUCAGAUCUAGAGAUGCACUGAUAUAUCGGCCGAAAUUUUUAUAAAUUUAAAACUAUUGGCUAUAGCAUGAAUAAGGCUGAUGUAACAAACCAAUGGUUUUUUAGUUAACUGUGUGAAUGCACUGAGUUGUUUAAUGUCUGUUGCAUAACCCAGCAUUUUUCUCUGGUCAAAAUAAUUAAAUACUUCCUAAAACAAAAUUAAAUCUGUACAAAAUGCAGCAGGACUCAACAAUAAGGACUGUCCGUGGCAAGCGUGAACAACGUUUGGGACAGUUGAGUUGAUAGAACGGUCACUGUCCCGAUCAGGCCAGUGCUGCAUUUUCAUGAAAGUUUGUCCUUUGCACAUGGUUAUAAGCCUUACGAAUUUAAAUGGGUGGUUUACUGCUUCUUUCUUUGCAUGAUUGUGUUUGGGGUGCAAUAUAACAUGUAUUCGUGGUUUUUCUUUUUAAAAAGCCUUUUUUUUCAUAAACUUAACCGUCAGCUGCUUUCUACGCUGUCAUUUGAACAAGCGGUUGACUUUCUGAUUCUAUAUGAAACCACUCCCUCAGAAACAGGCAGUGGGCUCAGAUUGGUUAGUUUGGGCCGGUAUAUUGUGAUUGGCUAAA